CCGGGCUUGUGAAUUGUGAUGCAUGUUGUAUUAAUUUGUAUAUGUAUUUUUUAAGGUUUUUGCAAGGGUUUUUAUUAUCGAGCUUUUCCUAAAUAAAUAAAGGCAUGUUUAUAAAUUGAAUCACUUAUUUUAGUCAUUAGUUUGGGCUAAGAAACACUAUGGAAGAUCAAUCAGAGGAACCACAGCAAGGUUCUGCAUCACUUUUUCAAGGACCUCCGCCUGUAAGUGGCCCACCGCCAAAUCUGCAAAUGCAAACUCUUCCAGUCCUUAUGCAUGGAGUACCACCACCUGGAAUUGAAGGACCUCCGCCUGGGAUUCAAGGGCCUCCACCUGGCAUUCAAGGACCUCCACCUGGUAUUCAAGGGCCUCCGCCAGUUUUAUUGUUACAAGGUCCUCCACCGAUGCAGGGCCCUCCACCUGGAAUGCCAAUGAUGCAAGGGCCACCACCAAUGUUUUCUCACCCUCCAGGUGAUUUUUCUGCUAGUGGCCCACCACCCGAUUGGACUAAUGAUGUGGAAAUUGGUAACAGUCAUAUGAUGCAACCUCCUCCUGCAGCCGAUGCACCAUUACCAUCAUUGUUAUCUCUAAGGGUAGAUCCACCUCAAAUUGAAUCUUCUGGUACUUCUGAACCUGUUUUACCACCAGCGCUGGAAGAAGUAUUGGCCUUAAAAAAUCAGAGAGCAAUGCAAUUGGGUACUGAAGAAGUACAAGAAAAGAGUGAAAAAUCAGUUGAAGAACCAGAAUGGGAAAAGGUUGAAAAUAGUACCGCUCAGUCAGUAAUAGAGGCUCCAGCUGAACGGAAAGAGCUUGAGAAUGGCAAAAAUAAAGAGCAAAAAGAGAAAGUCAGUAAGAAUAAGAAGAAAAAGAAGCGAAAGAAGACCAGAAAUAAACAGAAGGAAAUCGAGGAACAGGAAAAAUUAAAUGGUUCCGAAAUGGUUGAUGAAGAAGAAACAGAAAAAAAAGAUAUUCAGAUUGAGUAUGUUCAAGAAAGAAUUGGCUUGCACGAGUUGGCACCACAAUAUCGUCAGUUUUACAGUAUUUUUGAACAGUUUAAAAUUUCUGAUGAUAAAUCAAAUAUUCCUCCUCCUACUUUGGCUAAUAUCACUUCAUUAUCUGGUCUACCUAAAGGUAUGGUUGACGAUGACGAUGGAGAUAAUGAAGACUUUGAGGAUAAAAAAGCUGAAGAUAAGUCAAAAAUGUCAAAAAGAAAACUAAAAAAAUUGACCAGAUUGAGUGUGGCAGAAUUAAAGCAAUUGGUGCAUAGACCAGAUGUAGUGGAAAUGCACGAUGUCACUGCCCGUGAUCCAAAACUUCUUGUACAGCUAAAAGCUCACAGGAAUACUGUACAGGUUCCUAGACAUUGGUGUUUCAAACGCAAAUACCUUCAGGGCAAAAGAGGUAUUGAAAAGCCACCGUUUAAUCUGCCAGAAUUUAUUAAACGUACAGGCAUCAUGGAAAUGCGUGCUUCUUUGCAGGAGAAAGACGAAUCCAAGACUUUGAAGGCUAAAAUGAGGGAGAGGGCCAGGCCGAAAUUGGGCAAAAUCGAUAUUGAUUAUCAGAAACUUCACGAUGCAUUUUUCAAGUGGCAAACCAAACCAAAAAUGACAAUCCACGGUGAUUUGUACUACGAAGGCAAAGAAUUUGAAACUAGAUUAAAGGAAAAGAAGCCAGGUGAUCUUUCCGAGGAACUGAGAACCGCUUUGGGUAUGCCGGUGGGUCCGAACGCCAACAAAGUCCCACCUCCGUGGCUUAUUGCGAUGCAAAGAUACGGACCGCCACCUAGUUAUCCCAAUUUGAAAAUCCCUGGAUUAAAUGCGCCCAUUCCUGAAACUUGUUCUUUUGGCUAUCACGCUGGCGGUUGGGGUAAACCUCCAGUUGAUGAAAAUGGCAAACCUUUAUACGGAGAUGUUUUUGGAACAAAUCAGAUCCAUAUCGAUGAUAUUGGUGAAGAUCCAUCAGUUGACAGAAGCCUAUGGGGCGAGCUGGAGUCAGAAUCCGAGGAAGAAAGUGAAGAAGAAGAGGAUGAUGAAGAGGAAACUGAAACUCAGGUUCCUGAUGAGUCAGGCUUGGUGACUCCUGCAGAAGGCUUGGUUACUCCUAGUGGUAUUACUAGUAUUCCUGCUGGUAUGGAGACUCCUGAAGCAAUUGAGCUGAGAAAGAAGAAAAUUGAAAAUGAAAUGGAAACGACUGACUCGCAAGUAUUGUACCAUGUCAUCCCUGAAAAACGUACUGAGAGAAUUGGUAACGCCAUGAUGGGCAGUACUCACGUGUACGAUUUGGCAUCUAUGGGAGCUGCACAAAAUCCUGUGCCAAUCAGAAGGCCCACUGAUCGUGAAGGUAUGGUUGAAUUGGCACUGGAUCCUUCUGAAUUAGAUAUGGAUAGUGAUGCUAUGGCUGUGAGAUAUGAACAGCAGAUAAGGGAAAACCAGUCUCAAUUACAAAAGGAGGAUUUGAGUGAUAUGUUGGCUGAACAUGUUGCUAAACAAAAGAGCAAGAGAAAGAGGCAACAAGCAGAUUCGAAAACAACCAAGAAAUACAAAGAGUUUAAAUUUUAAGUGUUUUAAAAUAUUUUUUAUUUGUGUUCUUUGUUUCAAGUUUUGUGGUUUCUAAUAAAUUCUCUCAUUAUUUUCAAUUAAUGAGAAACUAUGAACUGAACCAGAAUGUAUGCGUUUAGUUUUUAUCUGUUCUUAAGCGAUUUCCAUUGGCUGGAUCAUGAAAUUAAAACCGCUUUUCUUGCUUCUUGAUUUGUAUAUUUUUCCUUUUAGUAAUUCCAAUUCCUUGAACAAUAAAAACUACCUUAGAAAAGAACCCAGAAAUGUAUACAUUUUUAAAUCCAGGGAGAAGUUAUUGCUAAUUAUUGUUCAUUGAAAAUCCUUUAAUAUAAAGUUUUGGUUAAAUUCAGCAACAGUAAAUUUUGAUCAGUCUUCUUACGUUCUUGGUUUUACACAACGGUUCUGUUAUAAAAACUGACUGACAACUUGCAAACUACAGGCUUUGUGUACAAAAUCGAAUCACCUGAGAAAUCUUUAUUUAAAUCAUUCAAUGGAAACAAAUUCUUCAAUAUUCAUGCAACUGUCAUGCUGGCUCUCUCACCUUGAUGAAAAUGAAGUUGAAAGACUUUGAAUUUUUGCAGCAAUGAAACUAUUGAAGCUGUGCUCAGAGUGAUGAGAUGUUAGAGAUUUGUACAGAAUCCAAGUGGCCUCAAUUCGAGCCUAAUUAUUUUAAAAUCGGAUUGAAAUUAACAAAGUUGUGAAGCAAAAUGUCAUUUUGGAACAAAUCAAACUUUCAAAAAACAGCAAAUGAACAAUUUUGCAAGUUGACGUGAAAUUUGAGCCCCCUCACUUUGUUUAUUCGACUUGGAAGUGUGGCCACCUUAGGUUGCAACUGUGAAAAUAUAGGAACUGCAUUUAAACUUCAUUUACUUCUCUUGCAUGUCUUUUAUUUAUCGAAGAAAAACAAGGACAAUUCAAGAGCCUGGAUUAGGGAAAAAAUUGAGAAAUACAUUUAAAGUAAGUUAUCGCUGAAAUGGGAACAAAAAAUAAUAUAAAAAGGAAGUUAUAAUUUUAUUUUGACAAGCCUUAUUGUACAAAAAAAAAUAUUUUAUAUAAAGAAAUUAACAAAAUGAUUGGAGAUAUUCUUAAUUCAAUAUAAGAAAACUUUUUUAUAAAUAAAUUACUUAGAUAAGAUCAGCAACAUUCAUGGGCAUCUCGUCAAUCUGCGUCGAAUAAUAUUGUUCGAUAUCCCUGAGAAUUCUGAUAUCGUCAGACUUUACAAAAUUAAUUGCAACACCUUUACGUCCAAAACGACCAGACCUACCGAUCCUGUGAAUGUACAACUCACGAUUGUUUGGCAAAUCGUAGUUGAUUACCAAACUGACUUGCUGUACAUCAAUACCUAAAAAUUAAUAUUUUUAGUAGCAAUAAUAAUAAUCGAAGCCUUAGAAUUGUACCUCUUGCCCAUACAUCAGUAGUAAUCAAAACACGACUCUGUCCUGAUCUAAACUCCUUCAUAAUAUUAUCUCUCUCUUUUUGAGGCAUGUCACCGUGCAUAGCACUAACAGUAAAAUUGUUUUCCCUCAUUUUUUCAGUCAGCCAAUCGACCUUCCUUUUGGUAUUGCAAAAAAUAACAGCUUGUGUUAUAGUCAAAGUAUCAUACAAGUCACACAAUGUGUCAAAUUUCCAUUCUUCUCUUUCUACAGCCACAAAGAAUUGUUUGAUUCCUUCCAAUGUCAAUUCAUCACGUUUUACUAAAAUACGAAUUGGAUCUGUCAUGAAUUUUGAUGUGAUUUCCAGAAUUUCGUGAGGUAGGGUAGCAGAAAUAAGUACAACUUGUGUGGAUGGUGGUAAAAAUCGGUACACAUCGUAAAUUUGUUCUUUGAAGCCUUUAUUCAACAUUUCAUCUGCUUCGUCAAGGACUAACAUUUUUACCCCUCUUGUACGUAAAGCUCUUCUACGAAUCAUAUCUAAAACAAGCAAAUUAAUAUAGAAUCGUUCACAAAAAAUAUUAAUUAAACCUACCAUAGACUCUUCCUGGAGUCCCACUAACAACAUGUUGUCCAUAAUCCAAUUUCCUGAUAUCUUCACCAAGAUUAGUACCACCGAUACAAGCAUGGCACUGCACGUUCAUAAAAUCGCCGAGAGCCAGAAUGACUUUUUGAAUUUGUACAGCCAAUUCUCUUGUGGGCGACAGGCAAAGUACUUGCGUUUCCCGCAUGGUUAAAUCUAUAGACUGCAGAAUCGAAAUGGAGAAUGUGGCCGUUUUACCAGUUCCGGAUUGGGCUUGUGCGAUUACGUCUCUGCCUUUCAUGAUGGGUUUGAUGGCUCUCUGUUGGAUUGCUGAAGGCUUUUCAAAACCUGAAAAUAAGUUUGAAAUCUUUUCAAGUGGUUUCAAAAAUUUAAAUA